GGAAAAGUAAGAAGAAAGAGAAAUGCAAAAAUCCUCAGCUAUAUCCACUGAUUGAGACCCAGUUCUGCCAGUGUGACAAAUACAAUGCCCAGCCGGUUGGGAACUGGUCAGACUGUAUUUUACCUGAGGGCAAAGUGGACAUACUUAUGGGAAUGAAAGUUCAAGGAGACAUCAAAGAGUGCGGACAAGGCUACCGUUAUCAAGCCAUGGCUUGUUACGAUCAAAGCAGUAGACUUGUUGAAACAUCCCGGUGCAACAGUCAUGGGUACAUUGAGGAGGCCUGCAUCAUUCCAUGUCCAUCAGACUGCAAGCUCAGUGAGUGGUCCAACUGGUCUCGCUGUAGCAAAUCCUGUGGGAGUGGGGUGAAAGUCAGGUCUAAAUGGCUCCGGGAGAAGCCUUACAAUGGUGGAAGGCCCUGCCCUAAGUUGGAUCAUGUCAAUCAGGCUCAGGUCUAUGAAGUGGUCCCUUGCCAUAGUGACUGUGGUCAAUACAUAGGAGUCACUGAACCUUGGAGUGUCUGCAAAGUGACUAAUGUGGACUUAAAGGAGAAUUGUGGAGUGGGUGUGCAAACCAGAAAAGUGAGAUGCAUGCAAAACACUGUGGAUGGUCCUUCAGACAUUGUGGAAGACUAUCUGUGUGAUCAAGAAGAGAUGCCAAUUGGUGCUAGAAAAUGCAUAUUGCCAUGUCCAGAAGACUGUGUCAUAUCUGAGUGGGGCCAGUGGUCUAGGUGUUCCUUGCCCUGUAAUGGAAGCAGUGUGCGGGAACGUUCAGCCAAGAUCUUAAGGCUGCCUCAAGAAGGAAAGGCCUGUCCUUCUACAGUGGAGACAGAGCCUUGCCAUCUGAACAAAAACUGCUAUCACUAUGAUUACAAUGUGACAGACUGGAGCACAUGCCAGCUAAGCGAGAAAGCUGUUUGUGGUAAUGGGAUCAAAACAAGAAUGCUUGAUUGUGUUCGCAGCGAUGGCAAGUCAGUUGACCUGAUGUAUUGUGAAGAGCUUGGCUUGGAAAAAACUUGGAAUAUGAACACCUCCUGCAUGGUGGAAUGUCCUGUGAACUGUCAACUUUCAGACUGGUCUCCAUGGUCUGAGUGCUCACAGGCUUGUGGCCUGGCUGGAAAGAUGACACGAAAGAGAACGGUUAUUCAACCUUUCCAAGGUGAUGGCAGACCUUGUCCUUCACAAAUGGAGCAGUUCAAACCUUGCCCUGUUAAACCUUGUUAUCGAUGGCAGUAUAGUCCAUGGGAAGAAUGUAAAGUUGAGGAUGCUCAGUGUGGAGAAGGGACAAGAGCUAGAAAUAUUUUCUGUGUGGUCUAUGAUGGAUCUAGUGAUGACAUUGGCAAAAAAGUGGAUGAAGAAUAUUGUGGGGAAAUUGAACCUAUGGUUGAUGGCAAUAAAAAAAUUGUACUUGAAGAAGCUUGCACCGUGCCUUGUCCAGGUGACUGUUACUUAAAGGAGUGGUCACACUGGAGCAUUUGUCAGUUAACCUGUGUAAAUGGGGAAGAUCUUGGCUUUGGAGGAAUACAGGUUCGAUCACGAGCAGUGAUUGUUCAAGAUGUAGAAAAUCAGCACCUCUGUCCAGACCAAGUUUUGGAGACAAGACAGUGUAAUGAUGGCCAUUGUUAUGAAUACAAUUGGAUGGCCAGCCCAUGGAAGGGAUCAUCUAGGGCUGUAUGGUGCCAAAGAUCAGAUGGUUUAAAUGUUACAGGAGGUUGCUUAAUGAUGCACCAACCAGAUGCGGACAGGUCAUGUAAGCCAGCAUGCAGCCAGCCCUAUUCUUACUGUAGUGAGACUAGAAUGUGUACUUGUGAAGAAGGGUAUACAGAGGUAAUGUCUUCUGAUGGCACGCUUGAGCAGUGUACUCACAUUCCAGUGGUAGUUAUACCCACAGUGGAGGAUCAGAAGGAAGACGUGAAAACUAGUCGAGCUGUGAACCCCACACAGACAUCUAUCACACCAUCAGGAAGAGGAAGAACUUGGUUCCUCCAACCUUUUGCACCAGAUGGGAAGCUGAAGACCUGGGUUUAUGGUGUAGCUGCCGGUGCAUUUGUUUUGCUCAUCUUUGUUAUAUCUAUGAUCUAUCUAGCCUGUAAAAAGCCAAAGAAGCCACAGAGGAGACAGAACAACCGCCUGAAACCUUUAACCCUGGCUUACGAUGGAGAUGCCGACAUGUAAAAUAAUUGCUUCCCAUUCUUUAAACUCUUGAAACAGUAGUAUUGAAAAACAGCAUGUAUGUUGUGUACAUUACUGAACAGUUGUUACACAAGACAGAGAGGGGAAAAGAAAAAAAAGAUGGAUGGCCAUGGAUAUUCUAAGAAACAAUCUUUGUCCUUGAACACCAAUUGGUACAGCAAAUUCUAGUGGCCGGUUUCAGUUGUAAGCACAGCAGCUGAGAGUCUUCAUGAAGCUUUCUUUGAAACAUACGAACUAUAAAGCCACUUUCAUAUUAUAUUGGGAUUUGAGAGUGUUGAUACCAGAACCAUCUGCUGCAUUAAUCUAACAUUACUCAAUAAGCAUGGGAAGAUCAUACCAAGUUGUCUAUAAUGCUUUAUAUCCAACCUAUAUACUCAGUUGCAUCAUAGGUAAUAAUCUCUCAAAAGAUAUACUGGUUGAAAGAACAACUUAGUGUUUAGCAUCUUGUAAACUUUAACUAAGAAUAACAAACCACUGAACAAGUUUUGGCCUUUUGGACCACAGGAGGCAGUUUUCUGAACUGGCUUUUCAAAGGGGUACAGACCUGCAAGAUUCUUGCUCUGUUACCAAGUCCCAGGUACUAAAGCACCACUACACACAUUUAUCAAGGAAUUAAGCAUCUUCAGGUUCAAAUUUUAUACAAGUUGUCUGGACAUUUAAUAUCCAUGUGUAAUACUUUUUACUUUCUCUAACUCUCAAACUGUUGCCUGGAACUUUUUUGCUACAUAUAAGGCAAUUUUGUUUUGCACUAUAUUAGUGCCGCAUGAUAUGCACUUAUUCACGAGUAUUGCCAUAGGAACUGUCUCUUUUCAGUAAGGGUGAUGGUGAAAAUCCUGCAUCAGACAUUUGCCAGUACGUUUUUGACUCCUGAUGAAAGUAGAGAUCAGUUUCCGAACUGUGACUGGGUAGACCAGCUAACACAACUACUGUUUAUAUACCAGUACUUGUAAAAGCAGCUGUUUUGUAGUCAAAACCCAUGGCUGUAAUGUAAGUGUCUACUUUCAGACUCUGGCCACCUUCUACAGAUGGUAGAUUUUCAAGUUGAUUUCUUAUUUCUUUGAAGGUUGUAUAUGCUAGAUUUUUAUAUUGCUAACUUUGUAAAAAAGAAAAAAAGAAAAAAGUGGUUCUGUGCUAACCUUGGGGAAAAUACUUAUCUAAACAGUGUUCCAGUAUGUUCAGCGGAAAGAAUAUGAAUUUACUAUUUAUUUUUCUCCUGCUAAUGGGAAGUAUUUCAUUGCUGAAGGAUUGAUAGUCCUGUGCUUUCUACUUGGGAUAAACUGAUAUAAUCUUGAGUUUUGUUUUGGUUUUGUUGGUGGGUUUUUUUUUCUUUCGUUUUGUUUUGUUUUGGUGGGGACUUUUCAGGAUAAUGGCUAAUAUAGAAUAUUUUUUAAAAAUAUAUCCUGAUUCAUCAUUGUCCAGGUACCUAAUUUAAGAUGGGAACUGUAAUGUAUUCGUGGAGUUUCCUCACCUGGAAUGUCUCUCUAGCAAUUUUAAGGCAUAGAACUGAUAUUUUCAACAUUCUUUUGAAUUGAACCAUCAUGGUACAUGACAAUGUACAAGCUUUUCAUCCAGUGUGCAACUUUUUAUGUAAUCAUUCUGGUAAUAACUGCUUCAUUUCUUUUAUCUGCUUACAUUCUGAUGGGUUUGUAUUAAAAUAUCAGUCCAAUUUUGUUGUUAUUCAGAACCAUUGAACAUUUCCAAAAAAUAAUGCCUUUCAAAUAAUGUCCUUUUAAGAAUGUGUGUAUGCCUAUAUAUCUCUAGUUAUGAACAGGUAAAUAAGCAAUAUAACUCAUCAAUUUUAUCAGACAUCUGUUACACACUGAUAUUAUUAGUUCUGACUUCUCAGGUCUAUAUCAAUAAGCUAAAUCCUUCUUAAUAUGUGCAUUAUGCCUGGAGUAUUAUGUAGUGAUUAAUUAAUUAAAACAGGCAAUGUGUUGCCCAUGGCUCCCUCUCUAGAUCCUUGCCAGACUUCCUGCCUCACCAGGCUUUUUAAAAACACAUUUUUUCCAAAAAAAAAAAAAAACAAUAAAUGGGAAGCCAGCCCCCUAGACUGUGAAGCACCUGGGGACAUCCGUGGUAGCUUAUCAGAAUCUGCAGGAUGAUGGAUGUGGUUUUGUGAUUGAAGCCUGUCUCUCUUAUAUGUGCAGGCUUUGAUUGUAACACUGCACACACCAUGUUUCAGAUUUUGACACACACACCCCUCCCCCAGAAGCCCCUGGAAGAACUAGCCUCCAAAAUCAUCUUUAUUUCCAAGAAUGCCUAUGAGCUCCACAUAGGCCUCAUAACGUUCUUAGAAAAUAAAUAUGGUAGGUGGAUGCAGAUCAGGGCUCUGUUUGGAAGUGCCCACUGUUGGGAAGAAGGGCAGAGUGGUCUGUCACUGCUAGGGCAUCCCAGCUCAUGCCAGCUAGGGCAGGAAUAGUAUUUUUCAUUUUUGUAUACGCAGAAAGGGAAAAGGAAAUGAAAGAGACAGAGAAAACACCUCAUAUAGUAAUCAAAAUUAAUAUUACAUAUGUAUUCAUAGCAAGUUUUACAUUAUUAGUUAGGAUUGUGCAAAGCAUUUGAAGAGGCGCUUUGCAAAGUGUGUUGGUUUGAGCAAAGAACCUUUGUUGAAGCAUUUAGGAUGGUUGGAGAGAUCUCUCAAGUUGCUUGCACUUAUAUGACUAGACACAAACAACCCUUGGAGUGCCAGAGAAGCAACUGUGCUUGUAUACCACAUGUGGUGAUGACCUGCGCUGUAAAGGCAUAGAGGGAAAAUGUUCUUUCAGAUUUGCAAGAUGGAUGUCAGCCUUUCAAGGUAGUCCAGACAGGAAGCACACUCAGAUGAACUGAUCCUACUUUAUUGUAAGGUUACCUUAACAGAAUCUGGCAAAUCUCCCAAGGUCAUUCCCUCCUACAUUACAACACCUCAAGGAGGGUCGUUUUGCUUGCACUAACAUGCCUGGUGAGCACCUUGAACAGGCUUAUCAUUAGUAUAACCCUCCUUUACUCAACUAUAAGAGAAAAAAGAUUAAGUAUGAAUUAGUAUAUUCUUAAAUACUCCACCAGUGAAGGUAAAUUCUUCAGACUUGUGUAAUUAUAGGAGAAUGGAUAGCUUUCCAACCUGAAGCCAGGUAUACAUUACACCUAUCUAGGCUGAAGGGGAAUAUUUUGGUCUCUGGAACAUUUUGGAUUUUGGACCCACUUCCAUCACACUCCUAAUCAAUUCUGACACUCCUUUGUUCAGUCCAAUGUCUGGGAGAAACAACACUAGCAGUGGAGGUAAGACUAUAGAAGUUACCUAUAGUCUCAGUGGCGAACACUCUUUGUGGGAAUUGAAUGUAUCCCAAUAUCCCAUGCAAAGCCUCCACUCUCCUACUUAUAUCUUGGGGAUGGGGUGGUUUAGCCCAGCCUUAACAUUGGCUCACAUUCUGUUCACUAAUACGCUGGGAAUUCUGCCACACAGCCUAGCCAUAAUGUCUUCAAUGUUGAUACAGGUUCAGAGCCUGUCUAGUUGAAUGUUGUUUAUUAUAUUAAAAAAAGGUGGUCCUAUAUGAAGUGAGUCUACAGUUAGCAGAAUGAGGGAGGGAUAUUCUAAGCAUCCUUGAACAAGAGCUGUUUGAAAAUAAAUAAGCAGUGCUUCCAGUUUACUAACAGUAACCACAACAGAUACUAUCCAAAUGGAACCACCAAACUUUGACUGUAAUCACACUGUAAUCUUAGCAUGAUGGUUCAGAAGCAAGUCAAACUGUGUAUAGUAGGACUUUCUCUCAAGUAAGAAGUGCAUCUUGAAUUACAGAUUGGAAAGGUGAGAUGCACAAAAUGCUUAGGGUUUCUUUUUAAUGUAAAGAAAGAGAAUUACUUUCAAUUAUUGUUGGGCCAGUGGGAAGGCCAGAAACAUAACCUGGAUUACGUUAAAUUUAGCAAACAGAAAGUAGCAUUGAAUCUGUGAUUGAAAAUAUUUAUCUGUAUAAGAAAAAGUUGUUUUUAAAAUUUCUUUCUACAAAUCCAGUGCCUAAAUCAGCCACAACAGUAAAUUGUUAGCUUGUGAAAAUAAUGUUUUUGGUGAUCCUACAUCUUUAAUCCAUCCUGGAAAUAGCUGAGUAGACAUUUUCUUAAUUGUUUUGUUUGUAACUUCAGUUUAUAAAUGGUGGGUUUCAAAUAUGAUUACAUUUGCCGGUUCUUCCAAAAUUCUUGGCUUUUAAACCCUCACUUGGCUACAUACAUUUGAAGUAUUUUUUCCCCCAAAUUUAAUACUAUAAUAUGAUUAAUUUAAAAUAAUUCCUGUAAACAACACAGUAAAAGAAAGCUUUGGAAGGGAAAAAAAAACCCUUUUAACUUUUUGUAAAUUGUGCUUACCCAAAGUAAAAAGGAAAAAUACUUUUGCAUAACGUACAAUGCAAUCCUGCGUGUUUACUAAGAAAUUAACCCUAUUGCAUUCAAUAGGGUUUAUUCUCACCUAAGUGUAUAUAGGGUUGCAGCCUCAGUUUACUUGAAUUUUCUGCUCUCUUUCUCCUUAGAUUAUGAACGUGUCUGACUGGGGAAAUGUUUACUUUUUUGUUAAUUUGUAAGCAGUAUAAUGCAUUUUCAUUUUUUUAAAUUAUGUAUUUUGCUUUUCUUUUUUUUAAAUGAACAAAACAUUUAUAUUCAACUGCAAAUGUGUGUAUAUUGUCACCAAAUUUUAUUCAGUUAAUGUGGAUCACAUGUGAAAAUGUAAAUGUACUUACAUUUUCAAAUGGGAUAUUUGUACAUAACUGAGGUGAUGCGGACAAUAAAUAUUAACACA